GCCGGUGCUCUCAGCACGUACCUGCACUCGCCAGCCGGUCGAGGGCCCUCUAGGGACAGCACUGAUCCGGAUGGCCCCGGGUCGGGCGGUGGCCGGGCUCCUUCUGCUGGCGGCCGCGGGCCUCGGAGAAGCAGCGGCGGGGCCCGGGCUCGCCUUCAGCGAGGAUGUGCUGAGCGUGUUCGGCGCGAAUCGGAGCCUGUCGGUGCCGCAGCUCGGGCGCCUGCUGGAGCUGCUGGGAGCCGCCCCCGUGAAAGGCGCCCCCGAGCCAGGGCUGCUGCAUUUCAACCAGUGUUUAUCUGCUGAGGAGAUCUUUUACCUUCAUGGCUUUUCAAAUGCUACCCAGAUAACCAGCUCUAACUUGUCUACCAUCUGUCCAGCAGUCUUACAGCAAUUGAGCCUUCACCCUUGUGAGGCUAGGCCAAAGCGUAAUACAAAAUCAAGUCUUUCGGAAGUUUGGGGGUAUGGAUUCCUGUCAGUGACGAUUAUUAAUCUGGCGUCUCUUCUUGGAUUGGUCUUGACUCCAUUGAUAAAGAAACCUUAUUUUCCUAAGGUUUUGACCUAUUUUGUGGGGCUGGCUAUUGGGACCCUGUUUUCAAAUGCAAUUUUUCAACUUAUUCCAGAGGCAUUUGGAUUCGAUCCCAAAGUUGACAACUAUGUUGAGAAAGCAGCUGCUGUGUUUGGUGGAUUUUACAUAUUUUUCUUUGUUGAAAGAAUGCUUAAGAUGUUAUUGAAGACAUAUGGUCAAAAUAAUCAUACCCACUUUGCAAGUGAUGACUUUGGCCCUCCUCAGGAAAAAACCCAUCAACCCAAAACGUUACCUGCCAUCAAUGGUGUUACGUGCUAUGCAAAUCCUGCUGUCACAGAACCUAAUGGACACAUCCAUUUUGAUAAUGUCGAUGUCGUAUCUCUACAGGAUGAAAAAAGGGAGUCAAGUUCAUGCACCUGCUUGAAGGGGCCCAAGCUGUCAGAAAUAGGGACAAUUGCCUGGAUGAUAACGCUCAGUGAUGCCCUCCACAACUUCAUCGAUGGCCUGGCGAUUGGGGCUUCCUUCACCUUGUCUCUCUUUCAGGGACUCAGUACUUCGAUAGCAAUCUUGUGUGAGGAGUUUCCUCAUGAGCUAGGGGACUUUGUGAUCCUACUCAAUGCAGGGAUGAGCACACGACAAGCUUUGCUAUUCAACUUUCUUUCUGCGUGUUCCUGCUAUGUUGGGCUAGCUUUUGGCAUUUUGGUGGGCAACAAUUUUGCUCCAAAUAUCAUCUUUGCACUAGCUGGAGGCAUGUUCCUUUAUAUUUCUCUGGCAGAUAUGUUUCCCGAGAUGAAUGAUAUGCUGAGAGAAAAGGUAACUGGAAGAAAAACGGAUUUCACCUUCUUCAUGAUUCAGAAUGCUGGAAUGUUAACUGGAUUCAUAGCCAUCCUGCUCAUUACCUUGUUUGCAGGAGACAUUGAAUUGGAGUAAUAGGAAAUGGAAGAUGGUGCUGUUAAUGAAGGCGUUUAAUAAAUAAAAACAUCUCCAAAGGGAUUUUUAAGCUAAUCUACUUAGUUGAAAGAUAAUUUUGUUUUCAAUUGUAGGUCAAGAAAACUAAUUAUUGGCUUCAGAUGGAUGAAGGAGACCAUUAUUUGUACUUAAAAAUGCUUCUAAAGAUUUUCAGUUCCAGUUUGAAGGGCUUGGUGUAUGGAAUCUUUGAUACGUACCCACUUUUCUAUGUUACAUAUAUAUUAGAAAACCAUCCUGAAGCAAGAGACAUGCAUUCUACAAACAUUCAUACACCGAGGCCCAGAGAAAAAUACAAGAUAAGAUCAAAGGUUCAAGUGGUUUCAGAGUGGUACAUUUCCAAUUAAAAUGAAUUUGUUCUAAUGCUUUCAAGGACAAGUACAUCAAACUGUGGAGAAGAAACAAAAUGUAUGCCACACACAUAAAAAUGAUUCCAGCCAGGCUGUAAUGAACCCAAGAAAGAAAUAUUGCUCAUAGUUUUUGUUGUUUUAUAUUUCAGUUAGGGACUUGUAGGAUUGUUUUGAAAACCAUUUGACAAAACUAUGAAUUUUUGAAAUCAAUAAAGUUUUAUAGUCCUACUAAGCCCAGACUUUGUCUGAUGCCUUAUUUCUAAGUGUGUUCUCUAGCAGAAUUCAUAAAAAACCAGAAUUGCUUUUUUGUUGACUUUGAGCCCAUUACAAAUGGCAAAACAAUGUAAAGCUGGUAGAAACUCAGUGUACAACAUAUUUGAUUUGUGAAAAUGAAGAAUGUGUUGGUUUGUAGAAAGAAAUUGAGUAAAAUUUUAAGCAAUCUACUUUGAAAGAUGAGUGCAGUUAAUUAGCAAAGAAUUUUUUAAAUAAAUGCAAAGCAACAGCUGGGCCGUUGUAUGUCAAGGACCGAUUAACUAGACAGCAUACAUUCCUUAUGGAUGAUAAGAGAAAUUAAGAAGAGACUUCUUUUGUGUUCAGUCUGCAUGUCUCCUAUUCAAUAUAUCUUGAGGGGGGGAAAUCAGCACACUAUGCUUAUUUUUCUACCUUUUGUAAAAGAUUGUUGUUGUUAUUAGAUGCCCUCAAGUCGACUGCGUUCUCCUGGCAACCCAAUGCACAAUGGGAUGAAAUGCUGCCCGGUCCUGCGCCGUCCCCAUGAUUGAUUGCUGAUUGGAGUCUGUGAUCCAAAUAUUUACUCAUUUAGUAGAUAUAGAAAGUUGGUCUAAAUUUGAGCAUCCUAACCUGAAUUUACACUCCCAAGUUAGGGAAAGAUGGUUUAGCAGUAAGGAAAAUGAUCAAUGAAGGUCAACAUUGAUCUCAGGAAUUCCAUUGUCCCAUGAGCCAUAAGGUGUUCUCACAUAGCACUAAUGCAGAUUUGAUGAGCAUUAACGGCAUUUAAUGUGUAUUUUCAUAUAUAUUUUGUGUUAUGACUGACAAAAAAAAAUAAUUUUUGACCAAAUAGUAAACACCUUUGAAACCAUGUUAUUCAUUAUUUAUUAUGUAUCAACUUGAAUGCCUACCAUGUACCAGGAAUUAUGAGGGAGAGAGAUAAAUAGGGAAUUGGUGAUAUGUUUAUUUCAAAGAUAUUCAAUGAGUGAAUACUGUAAAGAUUUAUCAUUCAUCAAAAUCAGUAAACAGGUAAAAUAAAAAUAGUAACAUUAAAUUUUAUGAGAUAAUCUUUUUUAGUGUACAGAUUGUAUGUCUGAUAAAAGGAGCUAUUUCAACAUUAUAUUAAAACAAGGUAGCUUCACUGCUUAUGUGAAUAUUUUUGUGCUUCUUGUUAUUCUCUACAUUUGUUUAUCUUUUGGCCAGUUUCCUUGAGUAUGAGGUAAAACCAUUUGACAUUCACCCAUUUCAGGAGGUAGCAUACGAUCAAGAACCAACGGUACUGAAGGAAGAGGUCCAACGGGCACAGAAGACGCAGGUGAAAAACAGGGCUCCAGGAAUUGACAGAAUACCAACCAAGAUGUUUCAACAAAUGGAUGCAGUGCUGAAAGCACUAACUUGUCUAUGCUAAGAAAUUUGGAAGACAGCUCCUGGCCAACCGAUUAGAAGAGAUCUAUCUUUGUACCCAUACCAAAGAAAGGUGAUCCAACAGAAUGGGGAAAUUAUAAAAUAAUGUCAUUAAUAUCACACACAAGUAAAAUUUUGCUCAAGAUCAUUCAAAUGUGGCUGAAGUAAUACAUCAACUGGGAACUGCCAGAAAUUGAAGCCACGUUUAGAAGAGGAUGUGGAACAACGGAUAUCAUUGCUGAUGUCAGAUGUAUCAUGGCCGAAAGCAGAGAAUACAAGAAAGAUACUUACCUGUGUUUUAUUAACUAUGCAAAGGCAUUCGACUGUAUGGAUCAUAAUAAAUUAUGGAUAACGUUACAAAGAAUGGGAAUUCUAGAACACUUGAUUGUGGUACUUAGACCAAGACAUAGUCAUUCAAACAGAACAAGGGCAUACUGUGAGGUUUAAAGUUAUGAAAGGUGUGUAUCAGGGUUGUAUCCUUUCACCAUACUUAUUCAAUCUGUAUGCUGAGCAAAUAAUCUGAGAGGCUGGACUAUAUGAAGAAGAAUGGGGCAUCAGGAUUGAAGGAAGACUCAUUAACAACCUGCAUUAUGCAGAUGACCCAACCUUGCCUGCUGAAAGUGAAGAGGACUUCAAGCACUUACUAAUGAAGAUCAAAGACCACAGCCUUUAGUACUAAUUAUACCUCAACAUAAAACAAAAAUCCUCACAACUAGGCCAAUAAGCAACAUCAUGAUAAAUGGAGAAAAGAUUGAAGUUGUCCUGGGUUUCAUGUUAUUUUGAUCCACAAUCAACGCCCACGGAAGCAGCAGUCAAGAAAUCAAAAGAUGUAUUGCAUUAGGCAAAUCAGCUGCAAAAGACCUCUUUAAAGUGUUAAAAAGCAAAGAUGCCACUUUAAGGACUAAAAUGCCCCAACCCAAGCCAUAGUAUUUUCAAUCACCUCAUACACGUGCAAAAGCUGGACAAAUGAAUAAGGAAGGCCAAAGAAGAAUUGAUGCCUUUGACUUAUGGUGUUGGUGAAGAAUUUUGAAUAUACCAUGAACUGCCAGAGAACGAGCAAAUGUGUCUUGGAGGAAGUACAGCCAGAAUGCUCCUUAGAAGCAAGGAUGACAAUACUUCAUCUUAUAUACUUUGUACAUGUUAUCAGGAGCUACCAGUCCCUGGAGGACAUCGUACUUGGUAAAGCAGAAUGUCGGUGAAAAAGAGGAAGUCUCCCAAGGACGUAGACUGACACAGUGGCUCCAACAAUGGGCUCAAGCAUAAGAAUGAUUGUGAGAAUGGCACAGGACUGGGCAGUGUUUUGUUAUGUUGUACAUAGGGGGCGCUAUGAUUUGGAACUGACUUGAUGGCACCGAACAACAACGUGAAGUAAACAGAGGCGUUAGAGCAUUGAAGAUCUGAGAAGCAAAACGAAAUAUGCUACUUAUUGGAGUCUGUGGUUGAAGGUAGGAUAUGGACAACUGUGAUUAAAUUUAUACUGCACAACUUUAUUUGAAAAAGUGCGAACCUAUCAGUUAACAUGUACUGGUAAUGUGAGUAACAAACUACCCCAGAAGUCUCAGGCUAACAGCAACAGGCUGUUACUUUCAUGUUUACAAGUCUGCUGAUUGGAAUUCAGCUGAUUUAGUCUGGGCUGAGCUGGGUGGCUUUGCAUCCAGCUGUGGGUCAGAUAGGCUCUGUAGUGGCAAAGGGCAUGAAUAUACAAAUCUAAUAAAGGAUGAAGAAGUAACAGACUGAUUCAAUCUGCCAUAAGUAGUCUCUACAGACUAUUCUUUCAUUUUACCUGUUGUUGUUGUUAGCUACUACCAUUGAGUUGGCCCCCAACUAAUG